AAAGACGUAUCUGUUCCAAGUCAGAUUUUCGUUGUGGGCUUGGCAGCCGAAAUUAUCGUCUUCAUCGAAUGGAGACAUGGUUAACGCCUACAUAACGAUUUGUUUUGAUGGAAACACCGCUUCCGAUCACCGCUUAAAUCCGUCGUUCCUGAUCCAAACUUUUGACCUGUGAAGCUUCAAUUAUAUUCUUGCAAUAUAUAGAGCCAUGAGUUUUGUCUUUCGAGGAAGCAGGGCAGAUAUUGAAAAUGGAUUUUCAGGAUUUAGACCUGAGAGGCGGAUACAGUUGAUUUUAUUUUUCCUUCAGCAUGUUCUUGGAGAGCGACGUCGUAAUUCUAGUUCACUCACUUUUCUUGUCACAGUCCUCUUGCUAUUUAUGGUAUUAAACUCUCACCAGAUGUCACCAAAUUUUCUGCUCUGGCUGGUGCUUGGUGUCUUCUUGACGGCUACAUUGUUAAGAAUGUAUGCAACUUGUCAACAGCUUCAAGCACAGGCCCAAGCUCAUGCAGCAGGAGCCAGUGACCUUUUUGACCACUCUGAACUGCGUUUGCACAUGCCGCCUUCGAUAGCACUGCAAGGUCUCAGACUUCAGCUUGCACUUCUUGAUCGGGAGUUUGAUGAGAUAGAUUAUGAAACUUUAAGAGCUCUGGAUUCAGAUUACGUUCCUAGUGCACCUUCCAUGACUGAGGAAGAGAUCAGUGCUCUUCCCGUCCACAAAUACAAGGUUUCUGGUACUAAAGACAGUGAUUCCUUAAGUCAACAGGCCUCAUCUUCUACAUCUCCUGAGAAGAAGCAAGAUCCCUCAAAUGCAGCUGGGAGCAUGAAAGCUCCUGAUGAUGAGCUGACUUGCAGUGUCUGUCUGGAGCAAGUAAAUGUUGGAGAUCUGCUCCGUAGCUUGCCUUGCUUGCACCAGCAGUUUCAUGCUAAUUGCAUUGAUCCCUGGCUCCGGCAGCAAGGAACAUGCCCCAUCUGUAAAUUUAGAGCUAGAUCUGGAUGGCAAGAAUCUAGAGCUAAUGAAGCCAGCAGUACAUCAGAUUUGGUUUGAAGAAUACCUGCGCAUAUGUAUGUGUAAACAUCUGAGUUACGUGUAAUAAAAUAAGUAGAUCAUCGCUAGAAUUAUCGUAAUUACCCAGACAUAGGCAUCUCAGGAGUAGGAUGCUACUUAGCUGGUUAACAACUGCAUUCCAAAUUGUGCAAUUUUUGGUUCCCAUUAAGAUUGUUUAGUUUCCCCCGGGGGGGAGGGGUGUUCCCUUCUUUUUCUUCCGGGAAAGAAAAAUAUAAGUUGAAACUAACGAUCGAAA